UCAUUAUUCUAGUUGCUCGAAGUUUGGCUAAUUUGCUCAGGGCUGGGUGUGUCCUGUAGACUGAAGUCAGAGUGACUAAGAGCAUCCAAGACACAAAGGCACCAAGAAAAGUUUCAUCAAGGAAGAAAGUUGCAGCUGUGAUGAGUGAACAAGUAGAUCUACCUGAAAUGACCAAAAGCUGGAGCAAAGAGCAUGUGAAACGCUGGGUAACCAAAGACCUUGAGAUUGAUGAGAAAUAUGGGCAGAUUCUGUUCAAUGAAGAAGUGACAGGAUUAGUCCUGCAGGAAUUAACUGAAAAGGACCUUAGAGAUAUGGGGUUACCACGGGGCCCAGCACUUUUGAUAAAACGUGCGUAUGACAGAUUGAAUAAUAGUCUCCCUGAAAAUCACAAUCAGGAUUCUGGACAAUUAAAUCACACAAAACCCUCCAAAAAAGAACACCAAAAAAAGCCACAACGGAUAAAAAAAGAAGAGGAACAACCAAUGUCAUCCAAGAUUGAUGAUAAUCUCAGAGAGACCAGAAAUACCAAAGAACAAGAAUCAGUUCUUAUGAAAGAAAAUGCAUUAAAUGAAGUAGUGACCACUCAAGACAAAAAAAAUAAGCUAAAAAUCGAGCAGUUGACGUGUAUGCCAUAUCCUUUUGAUCAGUUCCACAGCUGCCAUCGUUACAUAGAACAUUAUCUUAUACAACCUGAAACAGGACCACUCAAUCUCAUAGACCCAAUACAUGAGUUCAAAGCCCUCACAAAUACAGAAGCAGCCACAGAAAAGGACAUUAGGAUGAAAUUUAGCAAUGAAGUCUUCAGAUUCGCAUCAGCUUGUAUGAAUUCACGCACCAAUGGCACCAUCCAUUUUGGAGUCAUGGACAAACCCCAUGGAGAAAUUGUUGGUGUACAAGUCACCAAUAAGAAUGACUUCAUUGACCACUUCAAUACAAUGAUCAAACAGUAUUUUGAAGAAAGCGAGAUCAAUGAAGCCAAGAAGUGCAUUCGGGAGCCAAGGUUCGUGGAAGUCCUUCUGCAGAACAGUACACCAUCUGACAGAUUUGUCAUUGAGGUAGAUAUUAUUCCAAAACACUCUGUAUGUAAAGAAAAGUAUUUCUACAUUAAGUUGCAAAACUAUGAAACUGGAACAUGGAAACAAAGCCAAGACACUUCACUGUUUGUGAGGGAUGGGGCUAGCUCUAAGGAUAUCCUGGCCAAUGUCAAGCAACGGGAUGUGGCUUUCAAAGCAUUUCUGAAAAAAUUAAAGUCACUAGUAGCAUCUAGAAAAGAGGCUGAAGAAGAAUAUAAGGUGAAGACAAAUAGGAAGGAGCAUGAAGGACAAAAGCUGGUUAAACUUCUCAUAGGAAACCGAGAGUCACUGGAUAAUUCAUACUACAACAGGUACAUUCUUGUAACAAAUAAGUGCCAUCCAAACCAAACAAAGCACUUAGAUUUUAUAAAAGAAAUUAAAUGGUUUGCUGUGUUGGAGUUUGAUCCUGAAUCUGAGAGCAAGGGGGUGGCCAAAGCUUACAAAAGAAGCCGGGUAGCAAACCUUCACUUUCCAAGACAAUAUGAGGAAAAGACAACUACUUUAAGGGAGAAAAUUUCUAGCCUGAAUCUUUUUGAUCAGCCCAGCUGGAUCUUCUGCAAUGGCAGAUCUGACUUGAAAGAUGAGAGACAUAAGCCUCUAGAACCAGGUUUAUGGCAGAAAGAACGAGCUUCUGAAGUCAGGAAACUGAUUUUAUUUCUUACAGAUGAAAAUCUAAUAACAAGAGGGAAACUUUUGGUAGUGUUUCUAUUGCUCUCUCCAGUGGAAAGCUCAGGAGACCCACUCAUUGAAACCUUCAGUGCUUUCUACCAAGUUCUCAAUGGAAUGGAAAGUAUAUUGUGUAUCUGUGUAAACUCCCAGAUUUAUCAACGGUGGAAAGAUCUACUACGAGCAAGACUGACAAUAUCAGAUGAAUUAACAAACCACAGUAUUUCCACUUUAAAUUUAGAAUUGAUAAACAGUACUAUCCUUAAACUAAAACCAGUCACUCAGUCAUCAAAAAGGUUUUUGCCCUCACAUGGAUCAUCUUCAAUUAUCCUAGAGAAAAAGGAAGAAGAUAUCUUGACUGCACUGGAAAUUCUCUGUGAAAAUGAGUGUAAAGACACAGAUAUCGAGAAAAAUACAUCUAAAUUCCAAGAAUUUAAGAAGGUAAAAGAAGAGCACUUUUAUCGAGGUGGCAAAGUAUCCUGGUGGAACUUCUAUUUUUCUUCUGAAAACUAUUCUAAAGCCUUUGUCAAAAGAGACAAUUAUGAAAACCUUAAACAUCUGAUACAGCGUGGGGCAGAGUCUCCUAAACCAACGUUCGUAAAAAUUAUCAAUCUCUAUCAUCAUGCAGGCUGUGGGGGUACUACAUUGGCCAUGAAUGUUCUCUGGGACCUAAAGAAAGACUUCAGGUGUGCUGUGUUAAAAAACAAAGCAAUUGAUUUUGCAGAAAUUGGAGAGCAAGUAACCAAGUUGAUUACCUAUAAAGUAACCAGCCAUCAGGAUUACAUUCCUGUACUUCUCCUAGUGGAUGAUUUUGAAGAACAGGAAAAUGUCUACAUUUUACAGAAUACCAUUCAUUCCAUUUUAGCAGAGAAGGGUUUGAGAUAUGAAAAAACACUGGUAAUUAUCUUAAACUGUAUGAGAUCUCAGAGUCCUGAUGAGAGUGCAAAAUUAGCAGAUAGUAUUGCACUAAAAUACCAACUUUCUCCCAAGGAACAAAGAGCAUUUGAGGCCAAACUGGAGGAAAUUGAAAAGCAACACAAGAACUGUGAAAACUUUUAUUCCUUCAUGAUAAUGAAAGAAAAUUUUAAUAAAAUGUAUAUAGAAAAUGUAGUCAAGAAUAUCCUAAAAGGACAGACUAUUGACAGCAAGGAAGCACAACUCAUUUCUUUCCUGGCUCUACUCAACUCUUAUGUUACUGAUUUUACAAUUUCAGUGUCACAGUGUGAAACAUUUUUGGGAAUCACAUGCAUUAGUACUCCCUGGAAACCUGAAAGCCUAGAAGACAAGAUGGGAACCUAUUCUGCACUUCUAAUAAACACAGAAGUCACAGAAUAUGGGGGAUGUUCAGGUGUACGCAUCAUUCAUCCUCUGAUUGCCAACUGCUGUCUAAAAGAACUGGAAAGAAGCUAUCACUUGGAUAAGUGUCAAAUUGCAUUGAAGAUAUUAAAAGAGAAAUUAUUCUAUGUUUCUGGAAUAGGGAGAGACAAAUUUCAACAUGAUGUACAAACUCUUCUGCUUACAAGACAACGCAAAGAGUAUGGAGAUGAAACAGACACUUUGUUUUCUCCGUUAAUUGAAGCUUUACAGAAUGAUGAAGUUGAAAGGGUCUUGACUGAAGGAACUAUUCGAUUCCCACAAAAUGCAUUUAUUUGUCAGGCCUUAGCAAGGCAUUUCUACAUUAAAGAGAAGAACUUUGACAUUGCUCUGGAUUGGGCAAAUCAGGCCCAAAAGAAAGCACCUAAAAAUUCCUUUAUCUCAGACACACUUGGUCAGGUCUACAAAAGUAAAAUCAAAUGGUGGUUGGAUGAAAACAGAAACUGUAGGGAUAUCACAAUUAAUGAUCUAACACAUCUUCUAAAAGCUGCAGAAAAUGCGUCAAGAGCUUUCAAAAAAUCCCAAGAGCAAACUGAUAGGAAAGACUAUGAAACAGAGACCUGGUCACUACAGAAGUCCCAAAGAAAAUAUGACAUGUAUAAUACAGCUGGUUUCUUGGGUGAAAUAGAAGUUGGUCUUUACACUAUUCAGAUUCUUCAGCUCACUCCCUGUUUCCACAAAGAAAAUGAAUCAACUAAAAAAACUAUGGCAGAGUUUUUAUCAGGAAAGAGCAAUAUUCCUACAAAUCAAAAAAAUGAAUAUUAUUUGGCUCUUACUAACUUCAUAUCCUACUUACAAAAUUUACAAUCAGAUAUGAAAAAGUGCUUUGACUUUUUUGCUGAUUAUAUGGUUUUUCUGAAAACAAGGAAUGCCCAAAAAGAAAUAACGGAAAUCUUAUUAAGCAAGAAAAUUAGUCGCUGUUUCAGUAAAUACAAGGAACAUUUCUGCCAUGUAGAUUUGGGCCCAUUACAAAGCAAAGAGAGUCAGUUACUCCAAGAGGAGAACUGCAGGAAGGAUCUAGAAGCUUUGAGAGCAGACAGGUUUUCUGGACUUCUAGAAUAUCUUAAUCCAAAUCACAAAGAGGCUGCAACCAUUAUGGAAAAUAUAGUGAAUAAAUACACUUUCCUCUUGCAGCAAAAUCCAAAUAAACGGCUGGCAAAGGAGAAACAAAAUUUCAUUUUGGCCAACAUUAUUCUCAAUUGUCUAAAACCCAACUCCAAGUCCAUUCAGCCACUUACCAUACUUAAAAAACAUCUCCGAGAAGUAUUGCAAUUCGUAGAACUAAGUUACCAAUAUCCAGACCCUUAUUUCUUGGCCUGCCUCCUGUUCUGGCCAGAAAAUGAAGAGCUAGAUGAAGAUGCUAAACUAAUGGAAAAAUAUGUGUCAUCCUUAAAUAGGUCCUUCAAAAGACAGUACAAGAGCAUGUGUAGGUCCAAGCAGGCAAGCACACUUUUCUACCUGGGGAAGAGGAAGGGUCUCAACAGCCUGGUGCACAAGGCCGAGAUAGAGCAGUACUUCACUAAAGUACAAAAUAUAAACUCCCUCUGGCAGAGUGGAGAUGUGUGGAAAAAAGGGGAAGUCAAGGACCUCUUGCGUCGUCUCACUGGUCUCGCCGAAGGCAAGAAAAUCUCUAUCGAAUAUGGAACAGAGAAAAAAAUAAAAAUACCCGUGACAUCUGUUUAUUCAGGUCCACUCAGAAGUGGUGGCAACAUAGACAGAGUGUCCUUCUACCUAGGGUUUUCCAUUGAGGGCCCUCUAGCAUAUGAUAUAGAAGUUAUUUAAACAGGAUAUAUUAACUCAAAUAUGUUUAUUCAUACUUCUCUCUGGCCUUAUUCCCUCUAUCCCCAUGGCAUUAGCAGCUUACCUGUAAUCACAGAUUUUGCUUUUGUCUCCCAAGUAAAUUAUAAGCCUUUGUAGAGCAUUAAGCAUGUCUACACACAAGUAGAAUCAAUUGUUCAAUGUUUUAAAUAUGUGCUUUCAGACUAAGAUACUUAAUUAAGAAGUUUCCAUUGAUAUCUACUGGUCACAUCAUUACUGGUUCUAUGUCAAUAAAAUC